UGAACACAUCUGGUUUCACUUUGUCUUGAGUAGAUUCACUCGCUUCAUUGUCCCCGAUUCUCUAUCCUUUGCAUUGAAAAAUAUUCUCUUCGAAAAUCAAGUUCUAAACUAGUAAACUCCCAAAAUGUCUGGACUUCGAAAAGCCAAGAAGUAUGACUGGAAAGACUCGAAUUUGGCCCUCUUUGGAUCGGACUUGGAGAAAAAUGUUAAGAAAGAAUCAGCCGAAGGAGAAGCUGCUUGGGAAAAUGCAGGAACUGAAGUUGGAAUACAAAUCUGGAGAAUCGUCAAGUUCAAGGUAACCCACUGGCCUAAAGAGGACUAUGGAAAAUUCUACAAUGGUGACUCUUACAUCGUUUUGCACACGUACCACAAAGACCCAGAAAGCGACGAACUUUCUUAUGACGUGCAUUUUUGGAUUGGAAAAGAAUCUACUCAAGAUGAGUAUGGUACCGCAGCCUACAAGACAGUGGAGCUGGACAAUUUUCUUGACGGCAAGCCUGUGCAGAAUCGUGAAGUACAGGGCAACGAAUCUGAAUUGUUCAAGAACUACUUUCCCAACUUUAGCGUCAUGAGAGGAGGAGCCAAUACAGGAUUCGCUAGGGUUCAACCUCAAGAUUACAAGCCUCGUCUGAUUGUUAUCGAAAUUGUUGGGAGAUCGAAAGUUCGACAGACGGAGAAGAAGUUGAAGAGAGCAAAUUUGAAGAAUGAUGGUGUAUUUAUCAUUGAUCUUGGGCUUACUAUAUACCAGUGGAAUGGGAUAGAAGCCACAAGAAGAGAAGUUUUUAAAGCCCGCUCUGUCGUUGAGAACAUCAGGUCCGAGCGACACGGUAAACCAACGGUCUUCGUUCUCGACGACCAAACAGUCGAAGAAUUCAACCCAAAACUAGCAGAAAUCAUUAAAGAUGAAAACCCAAAGAAACAAAAGGAACCAAGACCACCAGUUGAGAAAGCCUUAUUCAGGUUAUCUGAUGCCUCUGGAAGGCUUGAAUUCACAAAAAUUGCAUCAGGGGAUGAUGUCAGUCAAAGCCAACUGAACACCAAGGAUGUAUUUAUCCUCGAGACCGAAGGACGUUGCUUUGCCUGGUGUGGAGCCAAAGCGAGCAUCGACGAAAGAAGGAAAAGCAUGGAAUAUGCCCACAAAUACUUGAUGAAGAGUGAAAACCCUCUGGCAGGUAUCACCUGUGUCAAAGAGGGCGAAGAACCGGAUGCGUUCUUCAAGGCAUUCGACUAAAGUCAAAAUACGUGGACAUUUUUUGACAACUUAAGCAACAACAACACUGAUAUCACUGUGGCGGAUUUAGUAUCUGAGUCCCUUUGACCUCAUGUUCCAUUCAUUCAGUAUCUGGACCCCCUUUGAC